AUGGCUCGGUCGCGCGGCCGCGUGGCGUCGGGCAACGACCCCGACCCGGUCGUUACCCCGCGACAGUUGCACCCUGCUACCCCGUACCGGCAAGUACGCACCCUUGUUCUUGCCGAAUCUUGGGCCCGCGCCUUGUGCGCCUUGCCGCCGCUGACAUUGACUCGUCGAGGAGUUCAACGACCUCUGCAAACGCUUCCGUCUUCCGGUGUGCUCUAUCGAAAUUCUAAAUAA